GUCCACACGAAACACUGGCCUCUCACGUGUCUUUCAGGAAACACAGACCUUGAGGGAUAAAAGAAGCCAAGAAGAGGUUGGGGAAAAAGUAAGAAUAAGUAAGCGAAUAAAUCUUCCCCCGGAGACUGAGGGCGCGCAAAGGCUGAGACCGGCUGGAGGGAACACGCAGAGCAUCUGGCGGGCACCGACGUCUGAGAACAGGCCUGGAAGCUGCUCGGUUCGUCGUGAGAGCGUGCUGCCCGUGGGGCCAACACUGUGGAGCCCUCCCAGUGGAUUUGCUCCCCUGGUUCGGGUGGGGAGGGAAAGAAUAGAGCGCAAAUGAGAAAAGCAGGCAAGGAAGGAAACUCUGGAGGAGCCACAGGUGGGAUCAGGUUAGACUCCGAGAUUCGCGGGCUCUGGGCGGGCCGCAUCUGCGAGCCCUCCGAGACGCCGUAGACCCCGCCCCCUCCGGCGCGGGGCGCCCAUGAUGCUAGGCGCGCGAGCGGCUCUUCUUACAGAGGUCGCUCUUGUCCGAACGGUCGGCCUCUGCUGCGCCUGCGUGGUCGGGAGGGGAAGUGAGGCGGUUUCCUCGGCGCCUUUUCCGGCAGCGGCGGCGGCAGAACUGCGAGGAGGAGGUGGAGGCCGGAGGGAGCCCGCGCUCGGGGCGGCGGCUGGAGGCAGCGCACCGAGUUACUGCGAGGAUCAAUGACCUGACGGGGCGCCGGAGCCGCGCUGCCUUUCGGGUGUCCUGGGUCGGUGGUGAGCCGGAGUUCGCGGACCGGCGGACGGGCCGGAGGGCCGCAGUGUCCCGCGGCGGGGUGAAGAAGAAGGUGGAGAAGCGGGAACCGCGGCGGCGUUCGCGCGGCGCCUGCGGGGGGAAGGGCAGUUCCGGGCCGGGCCGCGCCUCAGCAGGGCGGCGGCUCUCCCGGCGCAGACUCAGGGCCCCGGCGGCAGCGGCGACUGGAGGAAUCAAGUUGUGCGGUCAGUGAUGCCCGAGUGAGCGGCCGGCCCGGGACUCUGCCCCUGAGAGGCAACUCCCACGCAGGCCGCACGGGCGCCCUCGCGGCAGGGAGGCUUCGUUUCGGUUUCGCGGCGGCGGCGGCGUUGUUGCCUGAGGGGAACCGGGACACCUGAAUGCCCUCGGCCCCGGCUACUCCGACGCGAUGGGGAAGGUGCUAUCCAAAAUCUUCGGGAACAAGGAAAUGCGGAUCCUCAUGUUGGGCCUGGACGCGGCCGGCAAGACAACAAUCCUGUACAAGUUGAAGCUGGGCCAGUCGGUGACCACCAUUCCCACCGUGGGUUUCAACGUGGAGACGGUGACUUACGAAAACGUCAAGUUCAACGUGUGGGAUGUGGGCGGCCAGGACAAGAUCCGGCCGCUCUGGCGGCAUUACUACACCGGGACCCAGGGUCUGAUCUUCGUAGUGGACUGUGCCGACCGCGACCGCAUCGACGAGGCCCGCCAGGAGCUGCACCGCAUUAUCAAUGACCGGGAGAUGAGGGACGCCAUAAUCCUCAUCUUCGCCAACAAGCAGGACCUGCCUGAUGCCAUGAAACCCCACGAGAUCCAGGAGAAACUGGGCCUGACCCGGAUUCGGGACAGGAACUGGUAUGUGCAGCCCUCCUGUGCCACCUCAGGGGAUGGACUCUAUGAGGGGCUCACAUGGUUAACCUCUAACUACAAAUCCUAAUGAGCAUUCUCCACCCAUCCCCUGGAAGGAGAGAAAUCAAAAACCCAUUCAUAGGAUUAUCGCCACCAUCACCUCUUUGAAUUGCCACUUUUCUCUUUUGAAUUUGAACUCUGGAGUUACUGUUCUACGGUUUGGGGGAUGGCUGGGGGUUUUCUUUUUUGUUUCUUUUUCCCUUUUUUUUUUUCCUUUGCGUUAGGAUGCUCUGAUCUGACAUUUGACAUGAACACGAAAUGCUAGAUGCUCUUGUUAACUUCCAGCAAAUGGGAUGGGGGAAAUAUAGCAGUUCUUGGUAAAGUCCUUUGUAAUAAUGGUUUGAUUUUUUUUUUUUUUAUUUUGAGAAAAUCUUUUUUUCCCCAAUGUAUGAUGCUUUUUCCUUUUUGCCCAGUUUUCUUAUCACUUGCUGUAGAUGGCUUAUUUUGCAUUCAUGCAGACUGUGUUGCAAGUCUGUUUCAUCUAGUAAACUGAAAAUUAUUGCUUAAUCAAACUGCCGUUUGUCUUUUAUGUUUAAGGCCUUUCCUCCCUCCCUUAUGAGUUCUAACUUUAACUUAGUAAUUUCAAAUGUGACCUUUUAUAUCUAAGACCAGUACAGUAAACUCAGCCCACAGUGGCAAAUAAUGAGUAACAUCAUUGUAAUAUGUUCCAGUUGCACAUCAGUAUGUUAAACAGGUAACGUAAGAAGUUCUUUACAAUGUCAGCAAUUAAGUUCUGAAACGUACAUCGUGCAUGAGUAGGAAUAAAACCCAAGUUCCCCCAACAUAGCUAACUUACGCUGCAUAAAAAUUUGAAAGUGUAACCCAUCAAGGACAUAGAUUUUUUUUUUUCACUGCAAAGUUAGUCUGCUGUUUUUCCUUCUUUUUUAACUUUAAAAAUAGACUCUUUCCAGAAAUUGGAGCAAUAAUGGUGUAUGCCACACACAAAUAAAAUGUUUGUAGAUAUUUUAAGUGACUUUUGGGCAAAACUGGAAUGUAUACUUUUACCUUGUUUCAAAUGUCUAAGACCAGUAGUUUUAAAAUUACUAAACCAUUUACUUUGUUAAUAAAGCAUUAGCAUUUAACAAUUCAAAUUAUAUGCACCUUUAACCUAGUUGAAAAAAUACACAUUUCCUGUUUUCACAGCAACUGAUUAAGCUGAAGAUCCAAGUCAUUUUUCAUAGAUGAGUGAUCCACAUCUCCAUUAAUUAGAACACUGGAAAAGAUGUUUUAUAAAAGAGAUAUUUAAUUUUGUUUAUAGGAUUAACUCAUGCAAAUAGAUACCUGUUGGUUCA